AUGUUGCCUGGAGCUGUCAGUGUGCAGUGGGCUAAGGACGGCAGCAACAGGUAAGGACCCUGGGCUAAGGACGGCAGCAACAGGAGAGGAGCCCGGGCUAAGGACUGCAGCAACAGAACCCGACGAUGCCGUUGAGAAGGGGCAACUGACUGAGGCAAGAAUAAUUGACAGAUUUUGCCCGUCCCACCUCCUCGCCAACUUUUGUCUCACAUUGAAGAUACUGUGCUGCUAUCUAAUGCUACGGUUGCCUGAACCUUCAGGGAAGUAGUUAUCUGACAUUGGAUUAAAGCAACUUGUUUGAGAUUUGCAUCACUUCCUGUAGUUCACUGAACUUUUCCACCGUCGAGGUGGUUUGCAAUUGUAAUGCAUCAGUUGCAGAGCCGCCAGUCUGUCCGCAGGACAACAGCACGACCUGUGACUCCAGUAGAGGAAGCCCAUUCUACUGCUGAUGAACUCAGGACUGGAGAAGAAGGUGAUGGGGAUUUUUUUGAGAAACUGAUUGCCAUUCAGCAGAAGCAGGAAAAUAUGCAGCAUCUGGACUAUACACAGACUUUGGGAGAUGUAACUGAGUCCCUCCUGUUUCAAACGGCUAGACACAAAGAUAAGCUGAAGAUACCACAUGGAGAGCUGCUGUUGCUGUGUGAGAAUGUGCUGUACACAGUUAUCCACCGAACUGGUGUCCCCUCUGAAACGCACAUCACAGACCAAGAUGAGAUGCUUCACUAUUUGCAGAAGGUCUUCAAGCUUGAUGAGAAUGAAUAUGAGGCUGUGAUGCACCGAGUGAGAGAAGCAAAGGUGCCCUCCUGGACCCUGAAAGUGACCGUUGUGGAGGCAAGAAACCUGCUGGCCAAGGAUGCCAAUGGUUUCAGCGAUCCCUACUGUAUGCUGGGAAUCACGAUGGGGCAGACCAUGCGGGAGACGGAAGAGAAGAAGGAGCGGAAAUUCAGCUUUAGGAAAAAAAAGGACAGAAUGGAAAAGAAGUCAAGCCUCAGAGAAGUACUUCCUGCCAAGUACAUUCAGGUCACAGAUGUCAAAUCAAAUACUCUGAAUCCAGUGUGGAAUGAGAGCCACAUGUUUGAUCUGGACGAUCUUCAUAGCGACCAGCUCCACCUUGAUAUUUGGGACCAUGAUGAUGAAGUCUCAGUGGUAGAGGCUUGCAAAAAUCUAAAUCAGAUCAGUGGAUUCAAAGGAAUGGGAAGAUACUUCAAACAGAUCGUAAAGUCGGCUCGAACUAAUGGGGCCACGGGAUCACAGGAAGAAAACGAUGAUUUCCUCGGUUGCCUGGAUAUUCCAAUCAGUGACAUUCCUGUCGGAGGGAUCGAUGGCUGGUUUAAACUGGAGCCUCGAUCAAGCUCAUCUCGAGUGCAAGGAGACUGCCACCUCAUCUUGACACUGAUCAUGUCACAGAAAGAUACAGAGCUGUGCAAGAUGAUGUGUGGUGUGAGAAUCCAUGAGUUGUUGCUGAGGCAACUGUUGGAGGUGGAGCACUCUGAUUUCCAGGAUGACCAAAACAUUUGGUCUGGCAAACUCAGCAAACAUGCUGUGACCAUUCUAGCCCACCAUGCCAUGCAAUUUGACCUCUCACCUCUACAGAAGGCAGCUGUUGAGUGGCAGGCAUACAGCAAGCACUACCAGUUCCACAUUAUGGACUGUGGUUUCCUUCUCCACCUCCUUGAGGACCUAGAUCAGAGGUUCGAGACUAGUGUUCUGACCAAAGACCAGGAGGAGUUCCUGGGUGACAGUUUUGACCUUUUUAUUGACUACAGCUGGGAGUUGCUCCAGAGGAUGAAGCAGGUCUUUCCCGCCAAUCAUCCAAUGGCAUUACAACAGCUGGAACUGAUGCUGAGGUGUUUAUUGAAGAUUUAUUCCAUGGAAGCCUUUAAAGUGGUCUGUCCUUUACACGACCAGCUCUAUGUGGAGAUUGUUGCCAUGGUGAAGAAAUCCACAUGUGAAUUGUAUAAGAAAAUGUGUGACACCGUCAAAUCAAAACUUAAGUGUGAAUUGACUAAACUGAUGAGAUUGGUACAACUGGUUGAUGCAGUUUGUACAGAGCUACGUAAAGAUCGAAACAAGUACAACCAAAUAUUUGUCAGUAUUUUGAAGAUUGAUUACUUCAGCAUCACCUACCUACUGCUGGAGAAACUGGUUGCAGAUGAUGUUCUCACGCUGAUGGAGGAACUGGGGACAACCAUGGAACUGGAGAGGUCACAAAUGACCCAACAGAUGGGGGAGACUCUGUUUGAGCUGUACUUAUCACUUAAAGAGCUGAAACAAUUCAAGGAGUACCUUCAAUUAAAGGACUCGCAACUUCUGGCGCUCUCAAAUUUCCACGAUUGGUUUCAAAUGUCCAUUAACAAGUGGCUCCAAAUUGUUUACGAAAAAUCAUGUGAACGUGUUACAAGGGCAGUGUCAGUGGAUCAGUUCGAACCUGUUGACACAUUGUCGAAGCACAGCAGUUCGGCUGUCGAUGUAGUGACUUGUUUCACUCAGAUCAAGAGCUUCUGGCUGCAGUUGGCCUGGCCUGAUCCCAUGGGGGCAUUUGUCUUUGUAACAAAAAUUACAGACGAUAUUUGUAAUGCAGCUGUGAUGUACUCAGAAAAGGUGAGACAGAAAGCAGAUGAUCAGAAGAAAAUUACACAACAGCUGUGCAUUGCACUGAAUAACAUUCAGCAUGUACACACGUACACCUGGAAGCUGCCGAAGGAAUUAGAUUGGCAGGGAGUGGAAGGUUCCAUGGAGCGGCUCUGUGGGCUGGAAGGGAAGCAGCAGGUGCAGAGAGCACUGGGUACCCAAAUACAAAGCAUUGAUGCAGGCAUGCAGCGGCAGUCUAAUUAUAUGAUCAACCAACUCGUGGAGAAGAUGGUCACUGACUUGCGAAAAUACAUUCAGCACAUCAGUCUGUCACCAGACUCCAUCCAGCCUGAUGAGGCUGUCUGUCCUCUUAUGAAGUUCUUAGAUGACAAUCUAAUAAUCCUGAGCGAAUGGUUGGUGAUGGAGAAUCUCAGAAAGAUAUUGAGUGCUUUGUGGACACUCUUGUUGGAUUUGAUCAUUGAGGCAUUGGCUAUAAAUACUGGAAUGUCUGCUGAAUUCUACGAGCGAUUUCACUUCACACUGGAGGCUCUUGUGGUGUUUUUCCACGCAGAGGGACAGGGAUUGCCACUUGAUAGCUUGCAGAAUGACAAGUACAAGGCUCUGAAGGAAGAGCUGCGUCUAAAUAGAUGCUCAACGCAGGAACUGGUUGAAUACUGUUACCAGGCCAAAAUUCGCCAACAGAAGUCCACUGACCCUGGUCUGUAUGGGAUGCUGUGCAUCAAAUGUCACUAUGAGGCUGCUGAAUCCAAGCUGUCUGUUGAAGUCUUGCAUGCUACAAACCUGAUUGCCUUGGAUGCAAAUGGUCUCAGUGAUCCUUUCGUCAUUAUCAAACUUGCUCCUCUCCACUUCUUCCCAGGGGCAAAGAGCCAGCAAACACAAGUCAAGAAUAAAACGCUACAUCCGAUCUACGAUGAACUGUUCAACUUCACUGUAACACGAGAGCAGUGCAGUAACAGCACCGCCUGCAUUCACUUCACAGUCAUGGACCAUGACUGGCUCUCCACCAACGACUUUGCAGGAGAGGCUGUGUUGCAGCUGCAAGAAGUUCCCGGGUUCAAUAAACCCGCCAGUGCUGGAGGAAUAAAAAAUGUUUCCCCACUAUUUCUGAAACUGACACAUCCUGAACCCCAUGUAAUGAAACCAAUCAUGAAGAUGCUGGAGAGCCGGACUGCUGACAGAGAAGCACAGGACUUUGUUAAGAAGAUGAAGGAGCUAGAGGUGUCUCCGGAUUAAAUUCCAGCCAAUUUGGAAAAAGUGAUUGCAAUAUGUGAAUAUACAUUAACAUUCAGAAUUUCAGAAUGUCAAGUGUUGGAGUGCUUUGUUGUGAUAAUAGUAAAGCUAUGCAGGAGCUCCUCAGCAUUGGAACAUUAUUGAUAUGGUACUGUGGCUUCUCACUGUCACCAAUAUCGAAAUACUGAAGUUGUACUGUAGCUCCUCAAACUUGUGCAAUCCUUGAGCUACUCAUCAUUGUGGUGAUAUUGAUUCAGUGUUGUAACCUCGUUGUCGUGGUGAUACUGAUCCAGUGCUGAAGCACGCACCAUUGUGUAAUUCACAUGCUGUGCCGGACCUCUCAUUGUGGGGACACAGAUCCUGUGCCAACUCACCUCACCGUCGGUGUGAUAUGGAUCUUGUGCUGCAGUGGUCACUCUUGUCCCACAAUUUCUUCAUACUCCUACUUAUUACAAAAAAGCAAUCCUGAUUUUUGAGUUUUUUUUUAAAAUUAAGUCUUAUAACCCCUGUCUUUGCUCUUGUAAGUAGUACAGAGAAAUGUUACACAGUUGUAAUAAUUUUGUCUCAGUUUCAAUUUUUUUUGUAAUUUAUAAUUUGGAAAACAUUUAAAAGAAUAACACAAAGUGAGGCAUUCUCUCAUUUUGUUUUCCCGAUGAGGCUUAAAACUAAAGGUCCAAUCUGUUUAGUUCAGUCCCAUAAACAUAUCAUCAGAAUAGUAACUCUUCCCACUGCCUGGGCCAACAUUUAUCUUUAACUGGUCAUUCAGUGCAUUGCUCAAGGAGUCUUGAUGUGUGCUAAAAUGGCUACAUAAGCAACUGUACUUUUAGUAGUUCAUUGUACAUGAGGUGCUGCAAGAUCUUUUUCAAGAUGUGCUAUCUAGAGAUCAGACUUUCGUUUCUUUAUAUAUUUCUUAGGAUGGUCCACAACAUCUUUGAUGGGACCAUUUGCGUUUACUACAAAUGUAAAAUAUCCGGAACAUGGAAUUUAGAUGAAUGGGAUGACACUGGGAGAGAUAUUAGAAAACAUGAAUGGCAUGAUCAUUAAAAAUAAUAUUACCUGGUCAUCAUCUCUUAUGGAAUCCUGUCAUGUGCCUCAAUUCCCACAUUACAACAGUGACUAUACUUCAGAAGUAUUUCACUGAAUGUUAUUCCCUUUGGAAUAUCUGUGUUUGUGAAAGCUAAAUAUCCAAGUUCUUCUGUUCUAUUGAGUUAAGCAUUGCAUUCUAUACAGAUCUAACUUAUAAAUAAUUUUAUUAUGUAUCGUGUUUUUAGAAAGAAGGUCCAUAAACAGGGAAGACUAUUGCUUCCCCAUUACAUUCAGCUUCAAACCUUUGCACUGCUGAUGGCUUUAAUUGUUGGUUCCUCCUCUUUGCAUGCUGUGUGGUCUCCUUUUAGACCAGAAACUUCUGCU